AUUGUUGUCAGUUAUGGUAUGGAGACGACUCCGAACCAGGUGAAUGAGUUCCACCGGAGGAAGAGGCAGAAAGAAAAAGGGAUCAGCCGACACGGGGCCCUCGCCCGACGGUGACACCUGCAAUCAGGUGCCGCCGCAUUAUAAACGUCAACAUUUGUACCACAUGCUCUCGCUAUUACUGGCGUUUCUUAGUUUUUCAAGACUCGUAGCUUUGAAGUUUGGUGGAAUAUUCAUCUGGCUUUUCAAACGGACAUCUCGUGCCGCCAUGGCGGCAAGACCCAAACCACUGGAUGAUCGGAGUUGCAAAGACCACGAUGACACCAGUGAGCAGAUUCGGAAUCUCCACAAACAAGCGUUCGAGUAUAUAUCAGUUGCACUCAAAAUCGACGAGGAUGAUAAAGGUCAUAAGGAGCAGGCGGUGCAGUGGUACAAGAAGGGCAUCGCAGAGCUGGAGAAGGGCAUCGCCAUCGAGAUCACCGGAAAUGGUGAGAAGGUGGACAAGUCUCGCCGUCUCCAGGACAAGAUGAGGACCAACCUCCUCAUGUCCAAAGAUCGCUUGGACCUUCUGGCCAAGCUCUACUCAGGCCCCUCUCAGGCACACCUGUACACUGACAAUCUCAACCGGCCCUACUCAAAUGGACAUCUGCACACAGUGACUGGUGCGGUGCCCAAGAAGAGAGAGCCUGCCAGCCAGCCCAUAGGCCAGGUGGCCCCGCGGCCCAAAGCCCAGCCCAAGGCCCAGCCCAGUUCCUCGGGGAACCAGAGGCCUCAGGGGACGUUGUCAGGACCCGGCGCCCGACCCGCCCCACAGGCUGCUGGCAACCACAGGGGGCAAGCGGGUAAACCAGGUAACCGCGGUAACGGCAAGCCAUCCACGCCCACGUCGACUCCCGCCAGGAAGCGCGACAUGAAGAAUUUCAAGAACGUGGACAGCAAGCUGGCCAACCUCAUCAUCAACGAGAUCGUGGACAAUGGCUCCUCGGUGAAGUUUGACGAUGUGGCCGGCCAGGAUUUAGCCAAGCAAGCCCUGCAGGAGAUAGUCAUCCUCCCAGCACUACGACCAGAGUUGUUUACAGGUCUCAGGGCUCCUGCCAGGGGUCUGCUCCUCUUCGGGCCACCAGGCAAUGGCAAAACCAUGCUGGCCAAAGCAGUCGCCAUGGAGUCCAAUGCAACCUUCUUCAACAUCAGUGCUGCCAGCCUUACCUCCAAAUACGUAGGGGAGGGGGAGAAGCUGGUGAGAGCUCUCUUUGCUGUGGCCAGGGAGCUACAGCCAUCCAUCAUCUUCAUUGAUGAGAUUGACAGUCUGCUGUGUGAGAGGAGAGAAGGGGAGCACGACGCCAGCAGGCGCCUCAAGACAGAGUUCCUCAUCGAGUUUGACGGGGUCCAGUCUGGUGGGGAUGAUCGGGUGCUGGUGAUGGGGGCCACUAAUCGACCUCAGGAGCUGGACGAGGCUGUACUCAGGCGGUUUGCAAAGCGCAUCUAUGUAGCGUUACCCACGGAAGAGACUCGACUGAAGCUGUUGAAGAAUCUGCUGGGCAAGCAUGGCAACCCCCUCAACCAGAAGGAGCUCACUCAGCUCGCCAGGAUGACCGACGGCUACUCAGGAAGUGACCUGACGUCUCUAGCGAAGGAUGCUGCUCUUGGUCCUAUCAGAGAGCUGCGGCCCGAGCAAGUGAGGAACAUGUCUGCCAAUGAGAUGCGUAACAUCCGCUUCAAUGACUUUGUGGAGUCCCUGAAGAAGAUCAAGCGCAGUGUGAGUCCUCAGACCCUGGAGCAGUACGUACGCUGGAACUUGAACUACGGUGACACCACUGCUGUCUGACCCCUCGUGACCUCUUGACCUUGACGUUUGACCUAUUGAACCCUGUUUGACCUUGAUGUGCAGUGUGAGUCUCCAGACCCUGGACAAGUACAUACCUGGACUACGGUGACGCCACUGCUGUCUGACCCCCCAUGACCCUUGACCUUUUGACCUUCGUUUGACCUACGUUUGACCGUUCAACUUUGGUUGCUGCAGUAGGACGUGACCUUGUGCCUGGACUGCUGGGGACAGCACUGCCAUCUCUCCCUGACUUCCCAAUAAUCCCUUGAUAUGACGGCUUGACCAGCUAUUUGACAUUCGACCUUUCGGCCCUGUCUGCUCUGCUGUUGUUGCUUGCCCUGACCACUAGGGGGGAGUGAAACCUGGCUGAGAGGAGAAGCCUGAAUGGAUAAUAGUACGCGGAUGGAUGGAGAACAUGGCAGAUGGAAGAGGAGGAACAAUAAUAACCGAUAAAAGUAGACGAAGGACAAGAAAGCUGACGGGGAGGUGCUUUGGACUAUUUUACUAACACCUUACAGCUUACUCCAAAAUAUUCUUCAAUGGUACAGACACACACACAGACACACACAGACACACAGACACACACUCACACACUCACACACACACACACACACACACACACACACACACACACACACACACACACACACACACACACACACACACGAUGGACAGAUUGGCAAAAAAAGUUUGUUUUGUAUGUUUUCUUGUAUAUAACAUCUCCUUUCUCUCUCAGCAACUAUCGCCUGUUAAACAUAACCUGGUCUAAAAAAAAAAGAAAGAUCUGUCAGAUCAGAUGGAGUGUGAAGGAGGUCGGCUAACACUCUUCCCCACUCCUUGAACAUUUAGGAGAUCAGUCACGCAGAAACUAUACUUGCCACACGUUCAGAUUGAAUAUUCAGAAACUCAAAAAAAAGUUUGAAGACCUCUCAGCCAAUGGUCUCUAAUGGUAGACAAAGGGGAUUUAAUGGUUUGAAUAGAAAUUAUUCUGAUAUUUGAGCAACAGAGGUUCCCUGGUGCCAUAGUCUAAUAGUCGCGCAGUGCUAUCUCUCUUUCCGACAGGCAGACAAUAACAACUACAGUCCCUUGUGAGCUCCUUAUCCGAAUCCCAAUGCCAUCUAGCUCUCCUACGAACAACAAUAAUAACUGAAGUCCCCUGUGACCUCAACCUAGACAUGACCUCUCCCCUGAGCCCAAGUGCCUUGGUGGAAAGCAGAGUGUCUAACCUUCCUGUAGGCACGAGGACUGAAGACUGAAGACACGUCUGGAGGAUGGAUAUUGAGAUGGCCUCAGGGUUUCAACAGAGUCAGGAACUUGGGUCUUUUCACCAAGGAGAUGAUACACCAUGUCAGAAAUGUUUCACUUUGCAGUGCACUAUGUACAGUAGUCAAAAAAGAAAUCAAAGAUGGGUUUGAUGUCAAAGUAGUGAACACGUGAAUGUCUUUGGAUAUGGCUAAACUGUGUCUCUGACUAAAUACUUUGAUCUUAAGUUACGAGAGUGACUUCAGUGGUGUCCUAAAAUGUCCUUUUUGCUCAGUAUUAGUGUCCUAUGUAGAAUGAGGCUUCAUUCUCCACACAGAGAGUACAGGGGUACAUAAGUACAUUAAAAUUGGAUGUCCUUUUGUAACAGCACUUACUGUUUCAAUAUGAUGGCUGUACACCUUAAGUUAGUGUUUUUAUUUUUUUGUGGAGUGUAGUGUAGUGUGCAGUUUGCUGUGUGCAAGCCAAUACCAAAAGAAUAAGAGUUCACCAGGGUAUCUUUGGACGCGAUUGGUGACAAGAGAUGGCAUAUUGAGAACAUUGACAUGUAGCAUGUUUUGAAGAAGAUUCUUACCCACAGUAGGGCCAAUGCAUUGGAUUGUUUUCUACUUUUGUUGUUAACCCAUUGAGUUUGGUCAUUUUCAAUACAGCUAACUUAUUGUUUACCCCAGGACAAGAAAACCCUCUUGUCUAAUCAAUCACCAACAAUGUACAGUGUACAGUAACUAUAGAGUGCAUGCAGUUGAAUGAAGAGCAGUUAGCGUAUUAGCUUUUAGUACCAUUCACAACCACCAUUUCCCAAUGUCAAGUGUUCCCAAUGUCAAAAUGCUUAGUUAUUGGAUACUCCAUGGAGUUCACCAAAGAGUAUCCAAUCACUGGGCGUUUCAUGCACGAUCAAGGCUAGAACUCUUGGCAGUAGUAAAUAGUCAACAACUCUGGCUAGCUACAGCAUCUCAGUCUGGUUACUGAAAAGAGAGAGAGGGAGAGAGAGUGUGUGUGUGUGUGUGUUCAUUUCUUUUUCAUUUUGACCCCGUCAGUUUUUUUUUUUUUUUACAUUGCAACAAGGCGCGAAACUUUUUAAAAACGAUUGCACUAGGUUUUGAACUUUUUUCCCUGACCCUUUUCUUUCUGGAACUGACGUUGGACAAUAGUGCAUGCGCGGGUGUGGACACACACACACACACACACACGCACACACACGCACACACACACACACACACACUUUCAGUCAAGCAGACUUUAUGCACUCCAUUCUGAUACAGAGCACUCCUUUUAAGUUUUAAACCUGUAGUCCAGUCUCCCUAGAGCGCUUAGGAAGAGUGAACAAGUGUGUGUCUGUGCAGUUUCAGUCUUCUCUUUUCUUGUCUUAGAAUGUGGAACAUAAUUGUUGAUUGUUGAAGUUGUGGGCACCAAAUAUGCCUUAACUGCCACAACAGGAGUCUGUAUGAUAUGUAAGUAAGCAUGGUGUACUCUUAAUAAAUCUAGAAAUGAUA